AUGAAGAAUUGUAUAAAUCCAAAAAAUGUGUUUUAUUUCUUACGAUAUUUUGGUAAACUCAUUGCUAUUUGGCCCUUAAAAAUAAAUGCUACUAAAAAUGAAGUUUUAAUCCAUAACUUUAAGUGGUGGGUUGCUUUUACCAAUGUCAUAGCAUUGUUGAUACCGUUAAAUCUAGCAGUUUACUAUUUUUAUGAAGACUCCAUCAAAAUUACAAGAUCGUUAUCAGAGAUGACGGCCCUUUGUGAAAUAUUUCUUAAUAUGUUAGCAAGUAAAGUUAUGGAAAAAAAAUUCCAGAACCCUGUACUAGGCCUCCUGAAAUUAUUCACGAGUAACGUGAUGGAAGGAAUACGAUUUAUUAUUUUAAAGUCAAAUGUAUUAAUGACUGGAGCGAUCAUAUGUGGUGCUUUCCAGUUAAUUCAACAUCCACCCAUAGAGAUUUUAUUACGAUUUGUUCUCAUGGUAACAGCUGGUUGUUUUAGACUCUAUGUCAGCGCUCAACCCGCGAGCGAUUUACGGGAAAACUGUGAAUCAUUAGCUAGAUCUUCUCUUUACGUAGCUUCGCAACAAAAAUCACCGGCUGCAGCUCGAAUUGCUAUUAUGCUAGCGUUCCGCAGUCAAAAACCAUUUGUGUUGUCCAUAGCGGGACUCAUAAAGUCUUAUUCUGUAGAGUCCUAUGCUGAAUUUCUAUCAAAAACGAUGUCUUACUUCGUCAGUUUACGAGCAGUUUUAGAGAAAUGA